CAAUCUAUUGCUGGAACGUCCAAGGUGAUAAAAAUAAUAAAGCAAACCCUGAAAAAGCGAUCCCCGUCUCACGAAUGUUCAAUCACCCAGUAGCACUGUCCAGAAGUGGUCGCCGAAAAUGUUCCUGCUGACGAUAGGCCUGCUCGGGCUUGUUCUUUACCUUGGACUUCGUUACAUCUUCUCACAUUGGGAUCGCCACCAGCUGCCAUCCAUCAAACCGAAAGUGCCGUACGGAAAUCUACGGGACGUGGCCAAACGUCGCCAGAGCUUCGGUGUACUCAUCAGUGACCUGUACUGGAAGUCCACGGAACAACUGCUCGGAAUCUACCUGUUCUUCCAGCCAGCGAUCCUCGUCCGGGAUGCGCACCUAGCUAAGCAGAUCAUGGUCACGGACUUCGGAAGCUUCCACGAUCGGGGGGUGUACAACGAUGAGAAGACCUUUUCGUCAAACGUGUUUUCGUUGCCCUUGAAGCCGUGGAAGCCGCUGCGGCAAAAGUUGGCACCGAACUUCAGCACGGGCAGGCUUCGAAGUAUCAUACCUACCAUAUUGGAUGCCGGCAAGAAGCUGGAACAUUAUCUGGAUCGUUCGGCGGACAAGGAAGAGGUUGUGGAGCUACGUGAAGUUGUCACGCGAUACGUGCUUGACAUAAUAGGUUUGGUGAUGUUUGACUUGAAAGUGGAUACGUUGAACAACCCGGAACAUCCGUUCUGCCUCGUUGGCCAAGAGAUCUUGCGAAAUAGCUUCUCGAACAAUCUACGCACCGCUGCCACGUUUGUAUGUCCGGGAAUUUACAAAAUAACAAACAUUUCGUCAAUCUCGCCAAUUGUCGAAACCUUCAUGAUUGACCUGUUCACGCGGCAGAAGGAGAUUCGCGAAAAGAACAGCUUGAACAAGAAAGACUUCAUUCAGUCGCUAAUUGAUCUACACAGCGAAAAUCGCGAUCAAAACAGAGAGGCUUUGAACACAUUGGAGUGUGGUUCAAAUAUGUUUAUAUUCUACAUCGCGGGGUCAGAAACGAGCAGUGGAACCACGAUCUUUACGCUUCACGAACUCACGCAUCAUCCAGAGGUGAUGGCGAAGCUGGUGAAGGAGAUUGACGAGACACUCGAACGUUCCAAAGGGCUAAUUGAUUAUGACGUCAUCAAAGGAAUGCAAUAUCUGGACGUUUGCGUGAAGGAAACGUUGCGUAAAUAUCCGGGCUUGCCAAUUUUGAACCGCAAGUGCACCCAGGACUAUCAGGUUCCCAACUCCAAGAUGGUCAUCCGAAAAGGAACUCAGCUGAUCAUUCCACUGCUUGGGUUCGCGAUGGACGAACGUUACUUCCCCGAACCGGAGAAGUACAGUCCGGAGCGGUUCCUCGAAGCGAGCAAAAACUACGUUGACGAUGCGUAUGCGCCAUUCGGGGACGGCCCACGUCAGUGUAUUGCUACUCAAAUGGGCAUUACCGUUGUCAAAGUCACGCUGGUCAUGCUACUGUCCAAGUUCAAUUUUGAAGCGACGCAAGGACCGAAGAUUAAGUUUGCCGCGGCUUCAGUUCCGUUGAGGCCGGAUGGUGGAAUCAAGCUGAAGAUAUCGCGGAGAAUUGUCGCCGCUAAGCAGUUUGCCAAGAUGUUCCUGCUGCCGAUUGCCCUGCUUGUGCUGGUUACAUUUUUCGGUGUCUGGUACAUAUUUUCCUACUGGAAACGUUACGGCCUACCGCACCUGGAGCCGGAGAUUCCGUUCGGAAAUCUUCGCGCCCUCCUAGAACGUCGCCAGUGCAUCGGAGUGGCCAUCAGUGAGCUGUACCGGCAAUCCGCGGAACAACUGGUUGGAGUGUACCUGUUCUUCAAGCCGGCGAUCCUCGUUCGCGAUGCCGGGCUGGCCAAACAGAUCAUGACUUCGGAUUUUGCGAGCUUCCACGAUCGGGGAACGUGGAACAAUCCGCGUUCGUCAAAUGUGUUUUCGCUGCCGUUGAGGCCGUGGAAGCAAGUUCGCCACGUGUUGUCGCCAUGUUUUACUCCUGGAAAGCUUCGGCUUAUGAUACCUACCGUGUUGGAUGUUGGCAAGAAACUUGAGGACUAUCUGUCGGAGUCAGCUGAAAGGGGAGAGAUCGUAGAGUUACGCGAUAUCUGUACCCGUUACGUGUUGGAUAUUAUUGCGUUGACGAUGCUCGGAUUCGAAGCGGACACGUUGAACCAUCCGGACCACCCAUUUUACACCAUUGGACGAGAACUUGUCCGGAACAGCUUCUUGAACAACAUUCGCACGGCGGCAACGUUUCUCUUUCCAGAGUUUUACAAACUUACGAAGAUUCCCUCGAUUUCACCCAAACUAUCCAGAUACUUGGUUUCCCUGUUCAAUGAACAAAGCGACUUUCGCGAAAGAAACAACGUAUCAAGGAAGGAUUUCUUCCAGUCGCUGCUCGACCUACGCCAGGAAGAUCGCGAGCACAAUCGGAAAGCCCUGAGCGUUCAACAAUGUGCAUCGAACAUAAAUGUGUUUUACAUUGCUGGAUCAGAAACAACCGGCGGAACGGUGAUCUUCACACUUCACGAGCUUACGCAUCACCCAGAGGUGAUGGAGAAAUUAGUGAAUGAGAUUGACGAGACUCUCGAACGUUCCGAAGGGCUAAUUGAUUACGAUGUCGUCAAAGGAAUGCAAUAUUUGGACGUUUGCGUGAAGGAAACGUUACGGAAAUAUCCGGGACUACCAAUUUUAAACCGAAAGUGCACGCAGGAUUACCAAGUUCCCAACUCAAAAGUGAUCAUCAGAAAGGGAACGCAGUUGAUCAUCCCACUGCUGGCUUACGCCAAGGACGAACGGUACUUCCCAGAACCGGACAAGUACAGUCCGGAGAGGUUCCUCGAGGAAAGCAAGAACUUUGUCGACGAUGCCUACACUCCGUUUGGGGACGGUCCUCGGCAGUGCAUUGCAACUCAAAUGGGGAUAGUUAUUGCCAAGAUCACGCUGGUAAUGCUGCUAUCGAAGUUUCGGUUUGAGGCAACGCAAGGGCCGACGUUGGAAUUUGCCGUUUCACAAGUUCCGCUAGGGCCCAAACAUGGAAUCAAACUUAGGAUCUUUAGGAGAAACGUUAAUACAGCAGAAAAUACUGGUGAAGUGAGGUUUUCUAGAAAAAAUAUUUAAAACUUAGGUAAAAGC